CUCUGGGAGAUCCUCGUCGAGAUCGGAGCUCUGACUAGCUCAGGGAACUGAAGCGAAGCAGAAAGCAGUCCACCGGGCUCUCCUUUCUCCCCAAAGCGGCAUCUCUCUAGGUCCUUUUGUGUUACUGCAGUCCUUGUGUUGCGUUGUGCUGUGGAUGGGCCAGGGAAUUGGCUGCCCAGAGAAAAGCAGAAAGUCAGAGCCGGCACUAAAUCAGAGCAUGAGGAAGGCGAAAGAUGGAGAAGAGGGCAGAGAGGAAGCUGUGGAGAGAGGUGACAAGCAGCUAAGAGCUCUCAGUGGUGCAGCAGACUUAAACAAUGGAGCCAUUGGGCUGUACAAUAUGGGACUGAGCUGCUGCCUGAAUUCUCUGCUUCAGGUGUUCUUCAUGAACAUACACUUCACUGUGAUACUACGAAGGAUCAAAGUACCGACAGUACGUACAGAACAAAAGAAGAGUGUCCCAUACCAAAUGCUCUUGCUGUUGGAACAGAUGCAGCGUAGCAAACAGAGAGCCGUGUAUCCCCAGGAACUUGUCCGCUGUCUCACUUUGCACAAUUUGAAACUGUUUGUCCAGUAUGACGCUGCUCAACUCUUCUUGAGCCUCUGGAACCUGAUUAAGAGUCAGAUCACAGACGGGCAGCUGGCUGACAGGUUGACCACGCUGUACACUAUCCGGGUGCAGGAGUAUCUGGUUUGUCAGAAGUGCUCCUUUGAAACAAAGAGGGACAGCAACUUGUUAACCCUCCCACUCCCAAUGUUUAAUUCCUGUUCUCAGCGACUGAAGACACUGGAGGAUUCUCUGCGUUGCUUUUUCCAGCCUGAACAGCUGACUGACAGCAACAUGUGUCUCUGUGAACAGUGUGAAAGGAAAACACCGUGUCUGCAAGGCAUGAGGCUAACAUGUCUGCCACACACUCUUACCCUUCACCUAAAGCGCUUCUACUACAGGAAAUCUUCCUGGACUCAGAAGAUCAGCUACUCUCUGCCUUUUCCACAAAGCCUUGAUUUCAACCAGAUCCUGACACAAGAGCAGUGUCAUCCAGAUGCCAAAGAGAAGGCAGAUUGGCAGUAUGAUCUCUUUGGUGUUGUUGCUCACUCGGGAUUAGCCAGCUUUGGUCACUACUGUGCCUACAUUUGGAGUCUCACAGAAGGCAAAUGGUACUGCUUCAAUGAUUCCAGUGUCUGUCAGGUAUCGUGGGAUGAUGUCAAAUGUACCUAUGGAAAUUCACAUACCCACUGGGGUGAAACUGCCUAUCUCCUGGUUUACAUGAGAAAGAAUCCCCAGUAGCCACAUCCAGGCGGGCUUCAGGGACCUGGGGGCUCUACUCAGGCCCCACCCUAUUUAUGGAAUCUGACAACCGUGCUCCAAGAAGACUAUCUACGAAUCCAUCAAUACAGCAGAGUGGGAGACGUGAACUCAGUUCAGCAGCGACACGUCACUGUGUAUAGUGUGUAUAUGGGGGAAUGGAAAGGUUCUGUGGGGGAAUGUGACCACCCCCUGUGUUGUCUCAGACGUACCCUCAGCCUCUGCCUCCUGGAACUUGAUAUGUAUCAGACAAUAGGGAAGAGCAACCACUUCCCUUUCCUGCUCUCUGUCCUGUGCUGCCCACAGAGCUUGCAAGCAUCCUCCCUGCCUGAACAAUCCUCAGUCAACUUAGUAAGUGUUCAAAUCAAGAUCAACAAAAGGAGAAACACAGUUGGGAUGCACAGUCCCCAAUGUGCUAACAGGGUGGGUGGCGCCAGGGUGGGAUGGUGUUUGGGGCUGGAUCACCUCAGUUAACAAGAAGUUGGAGAAUUAUCAGUCACUUUUUGUGGGGGGAGGGAGGUAAAUGACACCCCCAAAUCGCCUUCCCCUGGAUAUGCACAUUGGAGGCUGCUGCUGUUUCAAUGCACCCCCAGCAGCGGCAAGCUGCUGUUGCGGAUGCACUGAAGCAGCAGCAACAGGGUCCGUUCCCACUCUCCCCCCCAGCCUGAUCCUCUCACUCACCCCUGGGGUUCUCGGGCUGGAUGGGGCUCCAGGGUGGGGCUUCCUGAUCUCUAGGGUGACCAGACAGCAAGUUUGAAAAAUCGGGAUGGGGGUGGGAGGUAAUAGGUGCCUAUAUAACACAAAGCCCCAAAUAUUGGGACUGGCCCUAUAAAACCGGGACAUCUGGUCACCCUACUGAUCUUGAAGAUGCCCCCCGACUCGCCCCCGGGGAUGGUCUACAAAGCAGGCAGCAGGAAGUGCUGGGGCUCCAGCAGCAGGGAAGGAGCAGCAGCCCCAUGUAGCGGGGCGGGUGUGUGUGGGUGGGAAGGGGAGAGCUCAGCCAGAUGCCCUGAUGCAUCCUCCCUUUCUGCACUGCACAGACACACAGCCAGGGGGAGCCGCUGCCUCUCACUGCUGGGUGUCCCAGUGAAAAGGGGGUCUGAGAAAUCGGGGGGGGGGGGGGCUUUGUGCUGCCCCCUCCCAAGCAGUGCCCCUGCCCCCUCCCCCCCACCCAGAUUGCCAUUGUCAUUUUCUGGUGGCUGCUGCACAGAAAUUGUCAUUCUCACUCAUGCCUGCUGCUGCUGCCAAUGACUGUGCUCUGCAGACUGCCUCUCAACCACGCUUCCUAGUGCCUUCUAAGCUGUGCAGGAGGGAGUGGGUCUAUGAAGAAAAUCAUCUAAAUCAUCAGAAAAAAUCUUUAUACUGUGCCACAUAUUUAUGACUUCCUUAUGCCAUUGGUUCAGCUUGGACAUUGGCUCCAACUUCAGCGUCAUGCAGCUGGAGGGAGGACUUGGGAAUUAGGAAGGAAGAGGAUUGGACAUCAGUGACAAGUAAAAAUUACAUGUAUUUAUAAAGUCUCAUCAUCGGGUACAGUAGGUUUCAUGUUUUCUCAGUAGGGAAAGUUAUAAUUUUGGAUUAGGACCACAUUUUACAGUGCCCAUGUACAGCUAGUCCUGGGAAAGAGACAGUGCCAUUGGGCGAUGCUGAAGAGAAUGCUUACUGUACCUAGACUAGAUCAUCCUGGAAUAUCUGCACUGGUGUCCACUUCAUAUCUGAUAAGAAUGAGUGUGGUACCAACUGAAUAACAACAGAAGCCGUAUGUGUUCUGUCUUUAUGGUUAUCAUGAAGAAAUUCCCAAGAUAAUGCCUAUAAGUGAUAGAUUUUUUUAUGUAGAUUUUAAAUGGGCUUUUGGGAGGGGGAGAGGAAAGGGGAGGUGAAAGAGCUAGAGUAACUGAGAGACUGAUUAUAGUUAAUUAGCAGGUAAUUACACCAUUGUUUGGACAAUCUAUUUUAUUCUGCUCUACCGCAUUUUAUUUUAAACUUAUAUUAAUAGCUUUAAUUUAUUGCAGAAGUUGCAUUGGUUGGCUCAGUAUAAACAAAAAUAUAUAAAUGCAGGGCAACCUAUUUUGGUGCUUAAUAUCCCUAAAACAGUAUCCAAUAACUCAUUACUGAGAAGCAUUUGAUUAUAUAUAUUAAGCAUCUGUUCAGUCAAUUAUCAUGCAUAAGAUCAUAAACUGUGACACAAACAUAUAAUUUUUAUAUUAUUAUGAAUAAAACAUUGUGUGGCAGUGUCCCUUGAAAAUAAGCUUUAUCCAUAUUUUCACACAGUCAUCUCUUAUUUCUCUGAAACCUAGUUGACAACUUACUGCUUGGAUUCUGUUAAAGCGUAUUCUCUGAUGGACUAUGAACCAGAGGUGAAUCAAGCCUAACUUGGACCUGGUUUAACCAAAUGUUUGCCCUUCUCCCCAACUUCCUUUACACCCCACCCCCAUCUCUCAUUGACAAUCAUUUCUUCCUUUCUGGCCGCCCUCCCUGAGACAGAUUUCCACCUGAAUCAAGCAGUCUCUUCUCCACUCCCAGAGCAACUGAGCUGCCCUCAUUUUCUCCCAUGGCCUGAUAUCUGUGGAUAUAUCUAGAUCAUUUAACAAAACUCUGCCAUUAAACUCCCCCCACCCCAAUUUACCACCACUAGCUUCAUAUGUGUAUGGAAAACACAGAGCUGUGGUCAAUUCACUGUGGAAUUAGAAUGUUAAGAUACUGGGCCCAAUUCCUUUCACUUACAUGAUUUUCACACCAGCACAACUCCUAUGGCUUCAAUGGAGUUACUCCUUCCUUACACUGGUGUAAGUGGAGAAUGAGGCCCAGUAUAUUUUUGUGUGAAGGGCAAUUGCAUCAUGAAACCCACAGACCUAUGUUAAUGGUACAAUUGAAACUGGACAGAAGUUUAGAAAUUAAGUAUUUUACCCACAUCAGUAAGUUUUUCUUUACAUUCUCAUGCUGAGCACUUUGAUGUACUUAUAGGGUACAUAAUGCAAUGCAAAGGCAGUGCCACUGUCCAUCACUGUAGAUGCACAGAUGUAGUAUUUUGUGUUACUGGACUGCAAAUAUAUUGUGUGUUGUUAUAUAUUGAAAGGCCGUAUUAUGAUGCAUAGGCUAAGAAGCCUGGAAUUGUUGUGGCAUCUCUGACUAUAAAACAUUUGACCUGUGAUUAAAAUCCCAUCCUGAAUGCUGCAUUAACACAUGAACACAUCAGUCUCACAAAACAGUUCUACAGAAUUAGGAGCAAAAUCAAAGAAACUCCUCUCAUUAAAGACACGAAACAUGUAAGACCGCAGGGAUUUCAUCUCUUCACAGCAAAACUAAAUUUCCUCU